UUACACAGCUAAUGUCAUUAUGUGCAUCUGCUGAGUGGCUCCACUCAUUUAUACUCAACGUUUCCAUACUGUAAACUGUAUUUCCUGUGGACUGCUGUCUGUGAGAGCGUGUGCUUAUAUGCGCGCAAAGACCCCAUUGGUAGCUCCUGGUGAAACAAAACUAUGCUGUUAUACUACACAACACAGGUGAUUUCAACGAGCAUGGUACACAGAAAUCCCACAGCAGAAAACUCAAAUUCAGAGAUUGUAACACAUCAGCAGAUGAUGAACAGCCAGGAUGAUCUCAUUCAGCCCAAGAAACCAUCUAACCCCAUACUGGAGUCCCCCAGCCACAGAGGUCUGCACAGAGAGCUCCUCGUCAGCCAUCGAUGGGGUUUGCUGCCUGGUGAGAAGUCAGAGCUGCAGAGAGUGAUGGAGCAGAGGAGGCUGGAGCAACACAGAGAGAGGGAACAGGCCCUGCGACCCCUCACUGACCUCGAGCAGGAGCUACGCAAGAGACGGCAAAGACUGCUAGCGUAUGAACUGGAGGAGCAGAAGAGGCAAGAGGAGAUAAGGAACAUGCCAGAAUUUGUGCGUGUGAGGGACAACCUGAGACGUGUCGGAGUGUUGGGCAACUAGUAGGACCUCAGAGGAAGCAAAGCCCAUCAUCAUACCUUUCGUACAUUAUUACUAAAUAAAUAAAUAAAUUUCAAUUAUUUGGA